AUGCCUAAGCACAGGCUUAUUAUCCCCCUUUCAACGGGACUUAUAAUUAUAUUCGCCAACACCCUACUAAAUCAUUCCACACCCUGUCAUACACUCCCACACCCUGUCAUACACUCCCACACCCUGUCAAACUUUCCCACACCCUGCCAUACACUCCCACAUCCUGUCAUACACUUCCACACCCCUGUCAUACACCCCCACACCCCUGUCAUACACUCCCAUACCCUCUCAUACACUCCCACACCCUGUCAUGCACUCCGACACCCUGUCAUACACUCCCACACCCUGUCAUACACUCCCACACCCCUGUCAUACACUCCCACACCCUGUCAUACACUCCCCACACCCUGUCAUACACUCCCACACCCUGUCAUACUCUCCCACACCCUGUCAUACACUCCCACACUCUGUCAUACACUCCCACACCCUGUCAAACUUUCCCACACCCUGCCAUACACUCCCACAUCCUGUCAUACACUUCCAGACCCCUGUCAUACACCCCCACACCCCUGUCAUACACUCCCAUACCCUGUCAUACAUUCCCACACCCUGUCAUGCACUCCGACACCCUGUCAUACACUCCCACACCCUGUCAUAAACUCCCACACCCCUGUCAUACACUCCCACAACCCCUGUCAUACACUCCCACACCCUGUCAUACACUCCCACACCCUGUCAUACACCCCCACACCCCUGUCAUACACUCCCACACCCUGUCAUACACUCCCACACCCUGUCAUACACUCCCACACCCCUGUCAUACAAUCCCACACCCUGUCAUACACUCCCACACUCUGUCAUACUCUCCCACACCCCUGUCAUACACUCCCACAUCCUGUCAUACACUCCCAUACCCUGUCAUACACUCCCACACCCUGUCAUAUACUCCCACACCCUGUCACACACUCCCACACCCUGUCAUACACUCCCAUACCCUGUCAUACACUCCCACACCCCUGUCAUACAAUCCCACACCCUGUCAUACACUCCCACACUCUGUCAUACUCUCCCACACCCCUGUCAUACACUCCCACAUCCUGUCAUACACUCUCAUACCCUGUCAUACACUCCCACACCCUGUCACACACUUCCACACCCUGUCAUACACUCCCACACCCUGUCAUACACUCCCACAUCCUGUCAUACACUCUCACACCCUGUCAUACACUCCCACACCCUGUCAUAUACUCCCACACCCUGUCAUACUCUCCCACACCCCUGUCAUACACUCCCACAUCCUGUCAUACACUCUCACACCCUGUCAUACACUCCCACACCCUGUCAUACACUCCCACACCCUGUCAUACACUCCCACACCCUGUCAUACACUCCCACAAGUUGUGGACAAAGUGGGUGAAGGGUGAUGCUACUCAACAAAGUCACUAUAUAGAGACUAAUCAAAAGUUAAAAUCUCAAGCGACUCACAAUUAUAACAAUAACCAAUAAGGAGGUCAAUGUCUCAUCAAUAACAUCAAACAAACACAAGUCACUGAAUUUAUGAAACACUUUGCCUUCAGAAAACUAAGUCCCAACUGGACUGGCAAAUGACAAAGUCAAAAAAGUUCCUCUCAAAAGUCAAGUCCACAAUGGCAUGACAAAAAACGACUAAGUCCCCUACAAGGGGAAACUAUAAGAAACGUCCAUUCACCACGAGAGUACAAAUUUUAAAAUCUCACCUUAGUAGUAGAUUGUCUCCAAGCCAAGAUAUAUAUAUAUGGUCAAUAGAGCUCAAGACGUCCAUGUUAACAUAACCAAUUCCUGAGGACGAAUUAAAGUCUGGGAGGGGUUGGGGGGGGGGGGAGGCUGGUCAGAGUCCACAGGUCAACUGAACAACACAACGGACCAGAACAUAACAUGUUCCCUCGGGGGUAGUGAAAAAGAAAUCAUAAAAUACAUGAAAGUAAAUAAAGUUUUCUCGUAAAUAUACCCAGUUGUUUGGUUCACACAAAAAUAAAAAAAAAUGAGUAAAUUGAAAUACGCUCCAGCACCCUGCUAAACUAUGCAGUAUGCCCCGGUCAACACAGCAACACGGUCAGUCAACACUAUGCAGUUUGCCCCGACAAGCUCUCUACAUGCUGCUGCGGUGAGAUCUGCAGAUACAGGCGUGCCAUAAGGAUGGGUGCCUGUGGACGGGGCCAAGUACACCGGUCCACACCCACCUAGUCCCUCAUGCCCCGUCAACACCCUCCCUCGUGGCCUCACAUAACCUCAUGCAGUCUCCGGAGCCUGAAGCGGGACCAGCGUGACCCUGCGCUCUGAUCAACACUCUCGAGAACUCCUGCCCGAGCCAUCUACAGCGUCUACAGCUUUCUUCCCGUGAACUCAGCCGGGCGUGUGUGUGUUGUGUAGUUGUGUACCCACACUAAGGGCGUCCCUGAGGGCGUCUUCCCUGGGAACAUCGUCCCUGGGCAUCCCUAGCACCGGCGUCGCCCCUGGGAGAGCAGCCAGUGACAACUACAAGGCAUUUUCUGAUUUGUAUUAAAAAUAAUAUACACCAAAUUUGA